AGUGGAAAAAAGAAGAUUAAAAUUCAAUGUUUGAGCUUUAAGAGCUCUAAAUUGGUUGGUCAUGUUUGUUGAAGAAAUUGAUGAUUGUGUCACUGUUGUAAAUAAAAAAUGGUUUAGGUGUUUAUGGUUGGUAUUCUAAAAACAAAAACAAAUUAAAUAAUAAUAUCAUUUUUGUAAAUAUUUGGAAGUUAAGGAUUCUAUAAGAAGAAAGUGACAAAAUAUAAUAGAUAAAGAAAAUGUGUCUACUUACAACGAUGAGAAAGACAAAAAAAGCGAUAAUAAAACGAUUCCAAUUUCUUCAAUUUCUCGCCACUAUCUGGGUGGUUGAUGAUGAUAUUGAUAACAAAGGGUUGGUUUCCUCAGAAAUCGGCCACGAUGUUGUAUAUCCCCACGUUGUUUACAAGAGGCAAUCGUGAUGAAGUGGUUUCGAAGCAGUUCGCUCGGUGGGUUGAAUGUGUAUAUACAGAAGAAAGAAAGGUUGGAUUUUUAUACAUACCUUUCAACUCUCUUAUCAAAAUUCUUAUACUGGCCCUAGAGAUCUUUCAUUUUUCUGAAUUUGAUGGCUUAUAAUAUUCGGACAGCGUUACAAGACAUAAACCUCGUUGCUGCAGAUGCUCCAUUUGUGUUGCCACCGGCAGUGGUACGUCAAGUCGAAGAAGAGAACAUAUUUAUUCCGGUUGGGCGUCCAGUAAUGCUGCAUAAACAAAACCUAAGAGAAAUUGUUGCAUCGAUGCCAAUAAAUUGGGGAUUUGAGGAUUUGGUUCGAUGAAGAGUCAUUGAAGGCAGACGAUUUUAGUUCGUGUUUCUGUCUGAGGAAGCUAUGGACACGGUGAUCAGAAAGGACCUUGGGCGUUUUUCGGAUUGUAUGCUCGUGCUCCAUAGAUGGACUCCGCUAAUAGAUAUGCAAAUGUUAAACUACAUUCCUUUAUGGAUCCAAAUAAGAGAAAUCCCACUCCAAAUCAUGAACCGAGAGGUUAUUGUUCACAUUUCUCGCUCUCUAGGAGAGUACAUCCAAAUGGAUUACAAUGAGGAGGUUGGUAGCCGUUUGGAUUUUGUCAGGGUACGGGUACGGGUACAGUUGAAUUGGAAUGUCAAUAAUCCUCUUAAGUUUCAGAGGAAUUUCCAAUUCUCACCAGGUGUUAACACCCUUCGGAAACUCCAGUACGAGAGACUUUGCGGAUUCUGUGAGACGUGUGGUAUGAUCACUGGGGACGAUGAUGCGGACAUAGAGAUCAUUCCAAAUCAAGCUGUUAUCAUUGAGGAGAUUAAUAAAGAUGCAAAUGAAAAUGUAGCUGCUGGCGGUAAUGUGGUUGACGGACAAAAUGUGGAGGCAGAGAUGCAAAACGUGAAGGCAGACGCUGAACCUGAGGAUCCAGAGCAGGAAGAGUAUGAAAGGAACAUCAGGGAGAUUGAGGAGGAAGCAGAUGAUGAGUAUUUUUGGAGUGGAGAAGGAAAACAUACUAUGUUUUCUUCUGAUGUGAAUCGAGCUGAGAUGUACAACCAUCCCUAUUUGUUUGGACAACAUUUCCACAAGCCUAAUGAAGACAAAGCAGGUUUAAAGCGGAAAGCUUGACUCACAAGCGAUAAUGGGAACACAAUGAAGUUUUCUCAAGCUGAGAAGAGUGAAACAAGUGGAGCUCACAAUGCCAAGCGUAAGAAGAUAAAUGGGGGUAGAGCAUAGCGAAGAGAGCAGUGGUGAUGGAACAGACAUGUCUGAGUCUGGCAAGGUGUGAGGCGCGGUGGGCCCAGAACAACCUCUUCCACCUUGAGGACAGCCUGCUGGAACUGUCGAGGAUUGGGCACAGACUUGACAGUUUGACGCCUGAAGGAGAUAGACCGCAAAUAUCUCAUGAACAUCCUUUGUUUAUCAGAAACAAAGCAACAAGAUGAUUAUGUGCGUGAUGUAGGAGCUCAGUUAGGAUUUUCCAAUUCAGUAGUCGUAUCACCUGUAGGUAUAGGAGGUGGAUUAGUUGUUUUCUUUAAGUAGUUUGUACAGUGAAGCGUGCUUAGUCAGCCAGCUCAUCUCAUCAAUUGUAAUGUUGUUUUUGAUGGAAUGUCUUUCAACUUUUUUUUAUGGACACCCUACUCCAUCUUUAAGACAUCAUACAUGGGAAAAGAUAGUACGUUUGAGCUUAACUAGAAGACAACAGCCUUGGUUUCUUUUGGGAGACUUUAAUGAAAUCCUUGGCAACCAUGACAAAGAAGAUGAAGGACGUUUACGAUCAGGGGCUUUUUUUCAGGAGUUCAGACAAAUGAUGAGAAUAUGUGAAUUCACUGAUCUUCAAUCAGUAGGUAAUCGUAUAUUCUGGGUGGGAAAGAGAGGCAAACAUUAAGUUCAAUGUGCUUUGGAUCGUACUAUGGCGAAUAACAGAUGGAUUGAGUUAUUUCCUGCUUCCCAGACUGAGUCCCUUGUGAUUGGAGAGUCUGAUCAUCGGCCAUUAGUGACCUUUAUUGCUGCAGAUAGAGAGGAACCUACUAGAAGCUUUUGAUUUGAUGGUAGUAUGAUAAAUAAAGAGGGCUUUACUGAGUCAGUUCGUAGAGGAUGGAGAGGAACAGGACAGAGUCAACUUAUGCAGAUACCGCUAGUCCAGAGGCUCAGUAGAUGCAAACAACACAUAUCUAGAUGGAAAAGACAUAAUCAAAAUAAUGCUGAAGAAAUAAUUGGCACUUUGAAAGCUAUGCUGGAUAAAGCGGUUACUUCUAUUGCUAUAUCUCAGGAACGGAAGACAGAGCUUAAGGACGAAUUAAAUCAAGCAUAUAUUGAUGAAGAGAUAUAUUGGAAACAGAAGAGUAGAGUCAAUUGGUUGAGAUCCAAAGACCGUAAUACACGGCAUGUCCAUGUUGUAACAAAGGGAAAUAUAAUUAAAAAGACCAUUAACUCUAUCCAGGAUGGGCAAGGUGUUAUUCAUAGAAGACAUAAGGAGAUAUCAAAAGUGGAUGUUUACUAUUUUCAAGAUCUUUAUGCUUCAGAGGGAACUGAUCCAACAAUAUAUGUGAAAGUAUUUCAAACCUUUCACUAGAGGGUUAUACCAGAAAUGAAUAAGGAUGUAACAAGAAUAGUUACAAAAUAAGAAGUCUGCAUGUCAGUAAUGGAUAUUGGGUCACAUCAAGCACCAGGUCUAGACGGAUUUACUGCGGUCUUUUAUCACAACUAUUGGGAGGAUGUUAAAGAUGAUAUUAUGACAAAGAUCUCUGCUCUCUUUGAAACAGGACAACUAGACCAGAAAAUUUGUCAUAAUAAUCUCUGCCUUAUACCAAUGGUAUAUUCUCCCAACGGUAUGAAGGAAAUUAGACCCAUUGCACUAUGUAAUGUGUCUUACAAGCUCAUUACAAAAGUCCUAGUUAACCGGUUGAAAAAACAUUUGGGUAAUAUCUUCUUAAAGAAUCAGAACGCCUUUAUCCCUAUAAGAAUGAUCUCAGACAAUAUUGUUGUAGCUCAUGAAGUUUUCCACUGCCUGAAAGUUAGAAAAAGGCAAGCAACAUUGUAUAUGGAUGUAAAGACAUAUAUCACAAAGGCAUAUGACAUGUUGGAAAUGGAAAUUCUUAUCAGAGAAAAUGAAGCACAUGGGGUUUUAUUAUCGUUGGAUUGGUUGGAUUAUGACUUGUGUUUCUGCAGUUAGAUAUUCAGUAUUAGUGAAUGGUACACAAGAGGUUUAUAUCACGCCAGCUCGUUGACUUCGACAGAGAGAUUCCUUAUCACCCUAUCUGUUCAUUUUAUGUGCUGAAGUGCUUUCACAUUUGAUGACUCAAGCCAUAAUGAAUAGAUCACUCACUGGAGUGAAGAUAUCUAACAAUGCACCUGCAAUCAACCACCUCCUCUUUACAGAUGAUUCUUUAUUUUCUCAUUGGAAAAUGAGAAGACAACAAAAAACUGAAGAACAUCUUUGGGAUCUAUGAGCAGUUUCAGUCCAGGCCAUCAAAUUUAAACGUCAUCUUUUACAUUUGGAACAAAGGUCAACAACACGGUUAAGACGAAGAAGAGAAGUUUCUUAGGAAUUCAUAAUGACGAGGAAUAGGCAAGUAUUUGGGUCUGCCUGAUCAUGUGGGGAACAAGAAGAGUGACUUGUUCGCCUAUAUUGUUGAUAAGGUAAAAUCGAUUACUCAAAGUUGAAAACAGAGAUACUUGUUUAAUGGAGGAAAGGAAGUAUUACUCAAAGCUAUUGUGUUAUCUAUGCCAAUCUUUUCCAUGAACAUAUUUCGAUUACCAAAAGAGGUAUAUGUUGAGAUUAAUGCGAAUUUAGCAAGGUUAUCGUGGGGAUCUGGUGAUAAGAAGGGGCUACAUUGGUAUUCUUAGAACAUAAUUAGCGUUCCUAAACGCGAAGGAGGGCUUGGAUUUAAAUAUUUGGAGAUUUUUAAUCAAGCUUUGCUUAGUAAACAAGUCUGGAGAAUUAUGCAAAACCCAAAUUGCUUAAUGGCACGAAUACUGAAGGCUAGGUAUUUUGCAUUUGCUAAUGAGGAUAUCCUGAAUGUAAAGCUCAGAAAGAAAGCCUCGUACACUUGAAAAUCUAUCAUAGAUAGAUGUGAUCUCCUUGCCAAAGGAAUGAAGUUUAUAGUUGGAGAUGGAACUUUAGUUAAUAUGUGGAUAGACCAUCACAUGCUCGAGGAGAGGUUAUACCAGGUGAGAAGGUAAAAGAGUAUUUCGAUGAUAACAGGUGUGAGUGGAAUGGAUAAAAGCUACGUGAAGUUCUUAUUGCUAAGGAUGUUGAUAAAAUCGUAGCUAUCAGGAUCGGUCCUAUAGCUCGUCAAGAUCCGAUGGGUUGGUACAACAAUGAAAAUGACUUAUAUACCAUGAAGUCGGGGUAUUGAUUAGGAACUUAUUUACCAACAACUACUCCUCCACUCCCUACUUAUGGGAAUGGGAACUCGUAACAUAAGAUAUGUAAGACUAAACUUCUAGAGAAACUAAAAAAUUUCUUGUGGAGACUGAUGUCCAAGAGCUUGGCAACUGGAAACAACCUGAAACGAGGACUUGCGAUACAAAAUGAUCAAUGCAGAACAUGUUUCCCAACCGAAGAAACAGAGAAAUAUAUUUUCUUUGAAUGUCCAUAUGCAAAGAUGGUAUGUAAAGCUUCACAGUUAUUAAUAGCUCAAUGGCAACUUUGGAGGAAAAGAUAGAUGCAUGCAUACAAUGUUCUUUAUCAACUCGCCUAGCACAUAUACAAGAUCUGUUGUUCUGGAUAUUAUGGAGACUUUAGAAGAGUAGAAACACUUUGCUCUUCCAACAGAAAGAUCUCCAUUGGAAAACACUUUUAAGAUGUGCACAAGAGGAUGUGCGAAAAUAGACACAGAUUAGCAGAACUGAAGUGACUACUUUAAAAAACCAGGAAAGAUCUACACAUGUCUCUUCAAGCAAACAUUGGAAACGACCACUUUGUGGAUGAGUUAAAUGCAACACAGAUGGAUCUUUUCAUCACACACAGCCACAAUACUGCAGUUUGGGUAAUUCGAGAUGAGAAUGGUACUUAUCAUGGUUCAGCGCAAGCAAGAGGAAGAAGAGUACAUGAUGCAUUAGAUAGUAAAAUGCAAACUGUUCUGAUGGCUUUGCAGCGUAGCUGAAGUUUUGGGAUAUCGUUAAGUUAUUGUGGAAAGUGAUUGCCAAAAGGAAAUAUAUAUAUUGAAUAAUAAGAUCACUUUGGAUACUAAAACUUGACAAGAGACAUCAAAUGGUGGUCGAGCAAGUUUCAGGAAAUCAGGUUCCAAUGGUUAAAGAAGUGUAAACAAGGUGGCUGAUCAAUUAGCAAAACAUGUUGAACAUGUUGAAGAUGGAGUAGUGUUUAAAUAUUUUUAUUAUGUACUUAAGUGAUCUGCUGCAUAUGGAUCGUCUACUUUCCAAUUAACAUAAUAAAAUUGACAUUAUAAAAAAAAAUAGAUAAAGAAAAGAGAUUAUGUUUGUAGUUAACUGAUAUUUUGUAUAUUUGCAUGGUUUUAGCAAUCAUUUUAGCUCUCAUUUUGUCCAUUUAGAUGCAUUUAGAGUAUAUCUAGAUGCAUUUCACAUAUAUUUGUCCCUAUUAGAUGAUGGAGCUGCUAUUUGGUGAGUUUGGAACCUUUGGAGAUGUUUUAGAGGCAAUAAUGGUGAUUUUGGUUCAUAAGACGAGUUCCUAACAGUCCCAGCGGCCUGACAUCUUUGCAGCGGCCUAAUGACGUCGUCCACAAGCCGCUAGGGGUGUGCAGCGGUCUAAUGCAGCGGCUAAGCCAAGCCACUGGAGAAAAUCCACUAGUCCCUGCCUGAUAUCUGGAAGAUGCAACGGCCAAAUGACAAGAAACAUGCCGCUGGAGUGUGCAGCGGCCUUCUGAAGCGGCCAUAUGACAUGUCAAAAACCAGCUGCGACACUUAAAAAGUUUUGCACCUCUAUUGUUACCAACUUUUACCCAAAUUAUCUUGCGUCAACCCAGGCUUGUUGGGUCGAUUCAGCUCGUUUUUAGGCCAUUAUAAAUACUUUUUAGACCUAAUUUUAGGACAUAUCUUAUUUUCUCUUAAAAUACAUUCAUACUUUGGAGAAAUUUUGAAUCUUUAGUAAUCUAAUAUUUCUUUCUUGAGUAAUUUGAGUCUAUCUCAUCUUCUUAACAUGAUUUCUUUUGAAUCUAAUAUGAGUUUAAGGUUAAUCAUGAAGAUUAGUGAGUAGACUCCUUUUGGAUUUAUGGGUUAGAGCAUCUCUAACCCACCUAUAUUUCUACCUCUAUAAUAGCAUUUAGAGGCAAAACCACUCCAACCCAUCUCUAUUUUGCCUCUAAAAUAGAGAUUGCUAUUUUCUCCUAUUUAUAGAGGAAGAAAUAACAUUUCUCUAUAUUUUGCUCUAUAUGUAGAGAUCUCUAUUUUAGAGAAAUACAUUGGAGUAAAACCCACCCCUAUUAUAGAGUUUCUCUAUUUUAGAGGUAAAAAUAGAGAAAUACAUUGGAGAUGGCCUUAGGAUGAUUAGAGUGAUUAAGUGAAGAUCAAGAGUAUUUAGAGUUAGAUUUAUUUAUUUUCUUGCUUGUUGAGUGAUCCUAAUGCUAGUCUAGAGUUAACCACUUUAGAUUAGAACUCUAGACAUUUCAUGCCCGGAAGGUGUUUGAUGAAUGUCUGAGCUAACUCAGCCUUGCUCUUUGCUAGCUUAACCAAAGAUAUUUGAUACUAGGAGAGCUUAGAUAGUUAAUAGACCCACUCUUAAUGAUUACUUGAACGACACAAACCAAAGACAUUUGAUGUUUGAUCAAUGAGAGUAACUGAGCAUUUAUCUUGACAAAGAACUUGUUUAGUCAUGUUGUCCAGACUUAAGGAAAUAUGCUGACUGAUACCUUGUCAUUCGAGAUUGGAACUUAAUCAUUUGAAGUCAAAUUCCUAGACCCAUGAGUCUUCCUUUAUCCUAUUGCUUGAAAGUUUGUGAAUUUAUUGCUUAAAAUCUUGUUUAGUUAAGUCAUAUCACUUCAUUACACUGAUUGCACUUAGAUUAAGCAUGAACCUGCAUUUUCUUUGGAUUGAAAUCACUAAGAAUUGGAUUGACUCUUAACUACUACAUUGAUUUGGCUUAGGAUUAGAAAUAAUCUUUAUCAAAUUUGGCGCCAUUGCCAGUUCUAAAUUGAUUUUGACAUUUAGAUUUGGUCAUUGCUUGAGACUAAGUUUUGUUUUCUUGUAUCUAGUUACUGAUUCUCUUUCUUAUCCCUCUUUGAAUGUCAAUUUGAAAGGGAGAUUGCAAGGAAGAGAAGAGAAGAAGAAAAGCAAGCCCAUUUGGAUAGAUUGGGGCUUGAGAUGGAAAGGAAUCAGGGUCAGCCUAAACAAGGAGACUAUGGAGCUGAUAUCCAUAGACAAAAUGCCCAAGGAAUUCCUCUAGGAGCUGUUCAAGGAGUCAUUGGUCAAGGAGCUGCAAACCUUAGGACACAACGUCAAACUUGAGCUAUUAGCACUUAUAAUCAGCCUCAUAUCUAUGGAAUAUGAUGGGUAUUAGAGAAGCUGUGGAGAACAAAAACUUUGAGAUUAAAUCCAGCUUGAUCAACAUGAUAGAGAACAACAAGUACCAUGGCCUUGUUUUGGAGGAUCCAAUUGACCAUUUGGACAGCUUUGACAAGUAUUGUGGAAUGUCCAAGACCAAUGGUGUCUCUGAGGAUGUAAUUAUGCUGAGAUUGUUUCCAUUUUCUUUGGGAGACAAAGCUCACAUAUGGGAGAAGAACAUUCCAAGUGACUCAAUCACCACUUGGGAUGAAUGCAAGCGAGUUUUCCUCAACAAGUUCUUCUCCACUUCAAGGACUGCCAAGCUUAGGAAUGAGAUCUCUGGGUUUCAACAGAAGAAUCUUGUAGGCUUUGGAGAAGCAUAUGAAAGGUUUAUAGGCUACACAUCUCAAUUUCCACAUCAUGGCUUCACCAAAGAAAGCUUGCUUAGUACUUUCUACAGAGGUGUUUUGCUAAGUAUAGAAGCCAGCUUGAUACUGCUAGCAAUGGUUUCUUCUUGGUAAGAACUGAAGAAGAAGCUGAGGAGCUUGUAGAGAACAUGGCUCAAAGUGAUUCAGUCUACAGUGAUGAUAGGAAAUGGAGGAGAUGAUCAUAACACAAGAAAAGAGUUGAAGGCUAUACAAGAUAAGAUGAAUUUGUUUCUUUCAGAUAGAGCCAAACAAGAAAAAGUGAACUUUGUUGGUGAUCAGAAACAAGCGGAGAUAGCUGUGGUUAAUGAAGUUGAUGGGUAUAGAAGGUCAAGAAGAGUUGUGUUUUGUGAAUGCUAAUGACACAUGGUACAGAAAAGAGCCAAAUUUUCAGUAUCAGAACAACUACCAACAGAAGCCAUUCUACAACAACCACCAAAGUAGCUACCAAUCCAAACCCAUCUACCAUUCACCUAAAAGUGAAGCCGGUUCUUCUAACUCGGCUCCACAAGAGAGUACUACAGAUCUCGCUCUUAAACAGAUCUUUGAAUCUAAAGUUAGACAAGAGAAGACCAUUGGGGAUGAACUGAAGAAGCUCCACACAAAGGUUGAUUGGAGUUACACUGACUUCAACAACAAGUUCUCAAACUUGGCCUCUAACUUCAAGGUUUUUGAGAACCAAUUUUCUUCUAUGACCUCAACCUCCAAGGGCCCAAUAGAAUCUCUACCAGAAAAAUCAGAGCAGAGCCCCAAAGAGUAUUGCUAUGUUAUCCUCUCUACUACUUCUUUUGAGUUUGAGGUGAGUGAUCAUAGGAAAGAAGUGGAUGAGAUUUAGAGACUCUUGUAUGGAACAGAGAUUGUUUCCAAGGUUCAACACAAGGUUGUGGAAAGGGUUGAGAUACAAGCUGUAGAGAUGGCUGACGAAAAGGUUGUGCAACCAGUUAGACACAAGACUGAGAACCCAGUUAUUGGGAAAGUUGUCAAGUAGUUGGAGGAGGUUCAGCUAGAAGAAGCUCGUUAAGUUGAGCAAUCACCUUAUGAUAAGCUUCCAUUUCCAAAAAUGUUCCUCACAAAGGCUCAAAAGAAGGUGAUCACCAAGUUUAGGAAAUACAUGGGGAUGUAGGAGUCAAGCUUCCACAUAUAUCGAAUAUGCACGAUGCGCAUGUCCAAAUGACACUCAUCAAGGACAUUCUAGCUCACAAAGAAGAAGUAGCAGAGCUUCUAGACAUCUCUACUGUACAGCUUGAUCCACCAGUCACACCAAAGUCCCUUCCCAAACUAGAAACCCAAGGGAAGUUCACCUUGUCUUGCUCCCUUGGUAAGUUCACACUUGAUGAUGCUCUUGUUGAUUCUUGUGCAAGUGUGAAUGUGAUCUCAAUGGAGAUGGUGAAGAAUCUUGGGAUUGAAAACAUGGAUCCAAACACAUCAAUACUAAUGUUUGGGGACUCCUCUUCAAUCCCAAUUGGUCUCAUCAAAGACUUUCCUUUGAAGAUUGGAGCUUGCACCAUUCCUAUUAACCUCACUGUUUUGAAGAUGGCAACUGGAAAGAGAGUCUCAUUGAUCCUUGGAACACCAUUUCUCACAAUAGUAAGAGCUUGCAGUGACUUUACCAACAAAAAGGUCACACUUCUAAAUGUGAACAAAGCUGUCUCUUACGCAAUGAAGUCUCCUUUGAUGAAUGUGGAGUAUUGUAGAACCAUCACUUGUGGAGAACUUCUACAUGAGAAGAUGAAAAAUGAAGUGAUGGCUAGUGAAAAACAAAUUCUUGAUUGAGAGUCAUCUCAUGAGAUGUGUGAUGAGCACUUGGAAAGUGCUAAAAUGGAGGAGGUGGGUAGAGCCACAAAGACUACUCAUGACAAGAAGAAGAUGAUCAAAGAACCUCAUCCCACUCCUAUUGAGAAAUCUUCACACAUUCUCACUCUUUAUCCAAUGAAGAUCAAAGAUGGAGUGGUUGAGGGGCCAUCAUAACUCCUCAGCUCCAAGAUGAUCCAAUCAAGCUUCAAGAGCUCCUCUCUCAAGUUCUCACCAUCACUCUUGAAGGUGGAAAAGAUCCUCCUCUUCACUAGCAUACUGGAAGGAAAGUCACGCUAGAGACUUAAAACAAGUUCAAUUGGGAAGAAGUCCCAUGGUAUCUUUUGUAUAUAUUUCUAUAUAUCCUUUUGACAAGUUUGGGGGGGGGGGGGGGGGGGGAUUCUCAAUAUUUCCCAAAGGUCAUGUCGAAAAUUUCAAGGUGACAACAAGUCUUCCCUCCUCAUUUCCUUUCUGUCAGCAAGCCAACUCCAAGUAAGUGCAUCUCCACCCUUGUAAAUACUUAGUUCUUUCAUCUUUUAUGUCUCCUUUGAUCUCUCCUUCAAGUUUACUCUCACACAAGGAACUGUAUGAAGUAAGUUUGGGGGAGAGUCUACUAUCUCACAUUAUGUUUUGUUUUAUUUAGAAGCAUAUAGAUUGCAUUCAUGCAUUAGGAGAAAAACCUUGUAAAGAACUCAUGCAAAGAACUCAAUGCGAUACCCUACACAAUCAUAAUAAGUAGCUUGAGCAUCUUCUCGGUAACUUGAAGACUUCGAGCCUUGAAAUCUCCUCUUGAAACCAACUCCAAACUUACUUGAGUUAAUGAACCUAAUUUAUCUUGCUUAUGGGCUCUUGUUGUGCUUGAUCAUGGUUACCUUAUACACAUUUGAGUUAGUCUUAUUCCUUUCUACCAAUCUUUGGUAAUUCAAGUGGCCAUCUCUCCUUUAGAUGGUUUUCCACACCCUUAACCCUACAUUCCUUUUAAGCCACUAUUAAUUUGAUGAAUGAGGUCUUUUCUGAAAGCAUGAUAUGUACAUGAUGGUGAGAGUAUUGGAAACGACAAUGGUUGAUCCUCAUUACUUGCUAGCUUUAAGAUCUCAUGAUUGUUUAGCUAAUUGGAUGGGAAGUGAGUAUCGAGUAUUUGAUAUGUGAGGGUGAGAAAAAAAAAGGUGAAAAGUGUGAACUCAAAAGUCUACAAAAACUAAUAUACUAGGGAUAAAAGAAAAAGAAAGUUCAAAAGAGAAAUUUUAGCUCAAAGAGUGUGUAAAAGAAGGAGAAAAACAAAACAAAAGAUUGGAGUAAAGAAGAAAGAAACGAGUUAAGACUAAAAAAGAGUGAAAGAAUCCCUAGUAGACAAAAAGAAAUAAAAAGUUCUAAAAGUGAGAAUGUUUUGAGUGAUCUUGACAGUUCUUGAGUGAGUGAAAGGCAAAGUUUUUAAAACCAGACUGGAUACCGACUCGGAAAGCUACUGGUUGAAUGGUGACAUACCAUGGAUUUUACCCACUUUCAGUCAUGGUAUAUAGUUUUUUAAGAUAUAAUUAUUAGAUUUUGGAGUCUUUUUAGAGUAUUUACAAGUUCAGGUACGUUCUAGAGAAAUAUGGUGAUUCUGAAGCUUUUUGAGUGCAGAAAUGCACACACACAUCAGAUGUUUAGCUAUAUAUGGAGACCUUCCCACCGUAAGAUGGAGCCCAUAUUUGGAUACAAAAUAUAGAUUUGAGUUAGCUUUCUAAUGCCACCGGUGUGAGGUCAAUCAGCUUCAUGUAUCAGACGUUAUGCCCAUUUUACUAAAGAAUGGUCAGUCUGCCUCGCAAGAGGAAGCUGUUGAGGAGAUGAAGGACUGUCGAUCAAUAUCAAUGCGUUGGUGUCGAUCGACAGUGAUGCCAGAAUAUAAACUGAGCAUAUUUUAUGAUCGCUGAAGCCCAGAAGCAACUCCAAAUUACCAGAAUAUCCUUGGACGACCAGAAACUCUAUUUAUGUUAUUUAUAAGCCAUUAUUGACGGCUGCACGCUUUUAAAGCUUUUUUUAUUCAUUGUUCUUAGUUAGAAGAGAAAGGAGAAACUUCUUCAGAGUCCUCCUGGAACUCCAUUGUCUUUGGUUUUAAUAUCUAUUGCUUUUUAUAUCUAUUAUUUCUAUGAUUUUCUGUGACAACUUCAUGUCUGAAUGAUCCACCUAUUAGGUUUAGGGUUCAGAUAGGAUGAGGGAUUAGCCCCAAAUAUAGAUUGGUAAUUUAUUAGGAUAUCCAUCAAUUUAAUUGCACUUAGUUCUUGUGUUCUAGAAUCACAAACUAGAACUAUGAUGCUAGGAUGAAUAGGCGCACACGAGAGCAUGGUUUAUCUCCUGAAUAUUUCAUAUUGUGCCAGGAUCCCUAGAGAAAGACGAGAGUUGAUCUAGGAACCUAGUGAACAUAGUUCAAACCUGCUAUGUAAAGAUCGCUGGAAGGAUUGUCGAUCGACAACUCGGUAGUUGUAUCGAUCGACAGUCUGAAAAGUGUAUCGAUCGACAUUCCAAUCGAAUCGUCGAUCGACACUUUAUACAGAUCAACAUGCGAGAGUUGAGAUCUUAGAUAUAGUGAUAAAUAAUCUAGACAUGCGAGAGCCCGUAGAUUAUAGUUCUUGUGCAUCCAACAAACAUCUUAUGCAUCUAUAUCAUUAUAGUCCUGAUUUCCUGAAUAAAAACCCUAGAUCAAGUAAAAUCUCCUUCCAUCAAACCCCAUCAAUCUACUGAACAACUACGUUGUUCAUCCUAAUUGUUUUAUUUACUGCUUUCCUAUUUUUUAGCCUAGUUUAAUCAUAAACUGUUUAGAUCUAUUGUGUGCCCUAGCUCUCCGUGGAUUCGAUCCCCAAAUACUACAAUUGAACCUCUUAUUUGAGAGAGUAAAAUCACUCCUUAGGGUAAUUUGAGUGAUAUCAAAUUUGGCGCUGUUGCCGGGGAGCUUUGAUCGCCAAUAGAUCUUGUUUAGUUAAAUUUAGUCUAGGUUUUACUACUGUUCAAAAAACUGAUAAAAAAUUUUCUUUUGUUUCAGGUACAUACAUCUUAGUAUCAGGAACAACAAUGACGAGAGGAUUUCUGGGUUCUUCAAAGAAAGAGCCUGCUGAUUCAUGCACGAUUCGUAAGUCUACGAGGGAAGUAUCGAUCGACACCUUUCAAGCAACAUCGAUCGACAGCGUGAACCAGAAAUCGAUCGACAACAUCACAACGCCAUCAAUCCACAUUACUUGCGAGAAGGCAGGGAAGGUCGAGGGGACAGAAAUCCCUGAUGAUUCUGCUGUCGCUGAAGAGGACGACUUUGACUUGAAACCUAUAUACAUAGCUCUUAUGGAACAUCAUCCCUUUCAUGGCUUUCCUCACGAGCAAGCAAUAGAUCACAUCAACAUGAUUGAGGAAUUGGUACUGUUUAUCUUCAAUGAUCACUACUUCUGCAAACUCUUCCCAUACACUAUAACUGGAGAUGCAACUCACUGGUUUAAGAUGCUAACACCAAGAUCUCUCACUACCUGGAAUGACAUGAGAGAUGCCUUCCUCAAUAAGUUUCUCUAUGAUAAUGCAGCAAAUCUAGAGAUUGAGAUGGAAUCUCUGAGGAGAUAUGUGGUAGAGGAUAAUGAACAACAUGUGUCUAGAGAGUUGAGUAUAGUAGAGGAAGCUGGUACUGAAGGUACGACCUCAACAUCUACAUACGACACGAUUUCAACGUCGACCGACGGUAGGACCUCAACAUCGAGCAACGGCAGGACCUCAACGUCGACCGACGGCACAAUCUCAACGUCGACCGACGGCACAAUCUCAACGUCGAUCGACAGAACGACCUCAAUUUCUACCAACAUUACGACUCCAACGUCGACAGACGGUACGACCUCAACGUCGACAGACGGUACGACCUCAACGUCGACAGACGGUACGACCUCAACGUCGACCGAUGCUACGACUUUAACGUCGAUCGACAGUAUGAACUCAGAAACGAUCGACAGAACCUCAGCAGCUAUCAACACAGACUUUUGUCAUCGAUCGAUACCACUCGAAAUCCCUGAAAGAUUGAGUUGUCCUCAGGACAUUGCAGACUCGACCCAUAAUAGCACUGAUGUAUCAAGUUGUUCUCCUUCCCCAGAUGUAGACAGAUAAAUCACCAUGGAAGAUUUCUUGGAGCUAGAAGAGUUCUUGGAGUUGGAGGAUAGAGAAGAGGAGAUCUGGAAACUUCACCAAAGGCUAGCAUCGAUCGACACGAACCUGAUGAGAUCGACCGACUACCACCCCACAUCAUCGAUCAACGCCCACUCUAUAUCAUCGAUCGACACUCAACAUAUAGCAUCGAUCUACACCCACACUCCAUCAUCGAUCGACACACACCCAAGAUAGUUUAUCGACACCCAUCGUUUGAAAAACUACCAGGAUACAUAGUUGAGCUGGAACCAGUUGAGGAAAGAGUGCACGAGUCUGAGGCCUCACGCAAUUCUGACUCCAAACAUCUGAGACCACUUAAAUGUGCAGAAGAAGCUGAUGGGUUUCACAAAAGAGUGAAGAUGAUACAUGAUCCUGUGAAGUUUGUGGUUCCAUGCACUGUGGUUGAAGUUGAAUUUCCACUCCCACCAGAUACAGGUGCGCAUCUGAGCUCUUACGUUGAGGUGUUGGAUGAUCAUCAGCACGUAGAAGCUUCUCAGAGAGGGUUGCGAUUUAGAGAUGAAGUCGAUAAGGACCCAGCAGAAGCAGCAUCGGUUGACACCGACCGGAUUUCAUCGAACGACACCAAAACACCGGCAUCGAUCGACAUUACCACUUCACCAUCGAUCAACACUGGAUGCAUAUCAGAGCAGAAGGAGUUUGAUGUGCAUGGAAAUAUUAGGAAUGGAGAUACCACCACCCGAUCAGACAAGUUUGGGGAAAGAAGAGGAAGAAUUUGAAGAAGAGAAAAAUGAUCAAGGACGGUCCUCAGUUAUCAUUGAUCCCUCAAUUCUCAGAUGGUGUCAGGAAAUCCAGAGUGCGCAGCAGAUGCUUCUCACAACCAUUUGCAAAGCUUCGAGCACUCGUUAUUGCUGAGAUGAUAGACAAAGGAGAAGAGUCUAUGGAGGAGGCUUUCACACAAUAAUGAUAAAGAUUUAGAAAGUAGACAUUGAGACCUGUUUGGAGCAUGUUCUCAUUCUCAUCCGAACUAAAUCAGAUCUCCAAAGUCAAGCUAAAUGAUUAUAACAAAGCUCUGAGUGGAAGGAAACCCACUGUUCGGUUUGUUUUAAAUUUGGUUUUACUUUCAUUUAUUAUUGAUUCUUUGUUUUCUAAUGAUUUUGGGUUAAAAAAAUGACGGAUGAACAGUAGUGACAUCACUGUAGCAACCACACUUUAGCAGAGGCAUUGUAGCAUCGAUCGACAUUGUAACAUCGAUCGACAUUGUAACAUCGAUCGACAUUGUAGCAUCGAUCGACACUAUAAAAAGGACAUAUCGACACUGUAGCAAACAAAUCGAUCGACACUGUAGCAGAAAAUCGGGAGUUACUGUAGUAGUGUUACUGUAAAAAGGACAUAUUGACACUGUAGCAAACAAAUCGAUCGACACUGUAGCAGAGGUGUCGCAUUACCUGCGAUCUGCGCAUGCGAAACGACAUGCAGAGGCCCGUGUGUCACGAUGUAUGAACACCAGACAUGAUGAAGGGCAAGUGGACGUGAAGGUGUCUUCUGGCAUGGCUAGAGAGCAUGCAGCAUGGCAUGUGGACGCCCAUGUGUCGCCACACAUGCGAACGGAUGCAUGAAGGACGACACACAGGCGAUCGGGUGGCUCAUUCUUAUUGGCCGGCAACUCCUAUAUAUACCCAGCUACCCUGGUUCACUUUUACUCAUUCAGAUACACCAAGUACAAAGGAAAACGUGGCUAGAGAGAGAGAGAGCGAGAGAGAGAGAGAGAGAGAGAAAAUAAGCGAGGUGCUUUAGAAGUAUAGACAUUUCUGAAAACCAAUAAACUGCCGGAAAGUUCCGAAGGACGUCCAGAAGUGAAAGAAUGUUCUUUCCGAGUUCUGAUCAGUCCAGACCAGUUCAUUCAAGACAUUGAGGUUGGGAUUUAACAUCACGGUACCAAGACGAAGAUUUGGAGGGGGUAAAAGGGUUUGGUCAACAUCUGGAAUCAAAAGAGUUGAGCCACAUCGCUUAAUCACUGUGAGUCACGGUUAAUUGUUUGUUAACGAGUUUUUAAUGCAGCUUCCUGACAUCAGAGACGGUUUCCGAGCUAGGAUAGCCGGACCAGUCUAGGUGUCAGUUUGUGGAUCUGAGGCUUGAGACGAUGUCUGGGCUAAGUGGAUAGCAAGACUAGUCUAAGCACCCGGAUUAUUGUGAUUGUGUGAUUAUUAUAUGUUGUUAUAGUGAGUACCUCGUGUUGGUACUGUUGUGUGAGAACCUCGUGGUGGUUCUAGUAGUAGUUUGCAGGUCAUUGCUUCCUCAAAUGGUACCACUAAGCUGGUUGUGGUCCGGAAAGUGGUGGGCUCGGUUGAACUUGGCUUGAUCACCAAGGCCGAGUGUCACACGUGGAUGUGUGAUAUACUUUGGAUUUGACCCAUUUUUAUCCAUGGUAUAUAAGUAUUUUACUAUAUAUAUAUAUAUAUAUAUAUAUAUCUAUGUUUUCUACUCUUCUAGGUAUGUUUUCAGGUUCAGGUGUAUUUCGGAGUAAAUCUAUGACUUUGGAGCAUUUUAGAGCUUAAAGG